AUGGGGUCAACAUAUGCCGAGUGGAAUCAGAAAGCCACGUUGUGGCUUCAAACGAAAAUGGGUCGAAGAGCAAGAAUCGGUCUUCUAGCAGCUACUGUAGUUGGUUAUCCUAUUGGUUCGAUUCUCAUCAAUGGUCCGUUUGUCAAUUUGACAUUUCCACGAAGGUAUUCCGUCGAGCCACUUCCUGGUCAUCUUCCAUCCAUAGCCGACGAGGAAUAUGGACGAUUUCUAGAACGGGAGUCACGAGUUCCGAAAGAUGCUGUUGUAUCUGUUCAUAUCCAGAAUAAUUUGGCCACAUCCGAUGAAACAGUAGCAUCCGGUUCACUUGGCGUUCGGACAGGACUAAACUUGGCUGUACCAAUGUAUUCGAAAUUCAGCAAUGCAAACGAAGCCUUAGAGUUUUUCAAAAAUCAGUACCAGGAUGGCUUCGAUUUCAUGGGAGAGCGUGUUCCUAUUCGGUGGGAUUCAGAAAUCGCAGAAGAGUUUGCCGACUGCUACGCUCUUUCAGACAAUGCUCGCCGAUUUGUUUUCCUUCGAGACCUUUACGCCUACGAUGGUUAUGCAUCUCUCGCUCAACGAAGUAUUUCAUGGGCGACGUGGACCACUUUCAGUUCAAUUUUCACAUAUUGGAUUCAUAAUAGUUCCCGAUUGCUCAGCGGUUCUGCUGUUUCUUUUGUUGUUGCCUAUCCGUUGUUGUUGGGUGCUGCUUGGUAUGCUAACAAGCAGUGGCAUUUGUUAUACAGAUUCAUGACAGAUAUUCACGCAGAUGCAGAAGCUGCUCGUGCAUCGUUUGAACAUGCGGAGGGUGGAAAAGAAUACUACUGGAAGAUGUUGAAAAGAAACAGAAUCAUGAGAGACAUCAAUCCGUCGUUGUGGGAUCGAGUAACUGCAACAGGAGAUAUUCGAGGCAUUGCCACACCGAUCAUCACAAGAUACGAUCAUUUGAAGGAUGUCAACGAAGAAGACGACGAGCUGAAGGGUUUUAUUAUGAGUGUGGUAGUUGGAUUAAGUGCAUGUGCACUUUCUUCAAUUCUCUUCGGAUCCAUGUUCGUGCCUGUCAAAAAGUGUCAAUCAGGAAAUGGGAUUUUUGUACAAUGGCUAAUGUCAGCCGCCAUACUUCUUGUUGGGGUUGCCGUUUAUGCAACACAAGGUUUUCCAGAAUUCGAACCUCUUGCAAUGCUUGGAGGAAUGUUCUGGGCACUAGGUAACCUGACAGCCGUUCCCAUCAUGAACACAAUAGGAAUUGGAAUGGGAAUGUUGGUAUGGGGAACGACAAACUGUGUAGCUGGUUGGGCUGCUGGAAGGUUCGGUCUGUUUGGUAUCAAUGCAACUAUUCCAACAUUUCCGAUUCUCAACUAUUUUGGUUUAGUUAUGGUUAUUGUCGGAGGUUUCUUGUUUUCUCAAAUUCGACCAAAUGAAUCUCAAUCUUCAUCAGAAAGAAGUCCUCUAAUGGUAGCCCCUGAUGAUGAUUUAGCCGAUGACUUGGUGGGCGGCGCAGACGAUAGUGAUGUAGUUGUGCCACGUGGAGGAGCCGUUCCAACACUUUUGGGUGCUCAUCGGAAUCAAAAACGGAUACUGGCCAUUACCGUAUCUCUGGUUGCUGGUGUGUUUUACGGAGUGACAUUUGUGCCUGUGAUUUACAUUCAAGACCAUCCAGAAUUAUACCCACUGGCUCCAAAAACUGGACUCGGACUCGUUUUCUCUCACUACAUGGGUAUUUUCUGCACAGCUUCCGCUUUUAUGAUUGGAUAUGUGAUCGUAUCAAGGAACAACCCAUUCGCCUCAUCUCGACUAAUAGGACCUUCUUUAACUGCCGGAUCGAUGUGGGGUAUUGCUCAGUCUUCUUGGUUCGUUGCAAAUGACAACUUGUCACAAGCAGUUUCGUUCCCCAUAAUUUCCAUGGUCCCCGGUGUCAUUGCUGCGCUAUGGAGUGUUUUCUAUUUCCGAGACAUCUCCGGAUUGCGCAAUCUCCGUCUUCUAUCCAUUGCUGUUGCUAUCACUCUGUUGGGAGCAAUUUGUGUUGGAGUGUCAAAAUGA